AUGUUGGGCCAUGAAGGUGGCAAGAAGAAGCCCCUGAAGCAGCCCAAGAAGCAAACCAAGGAGAUGGAUGAGGAAGAUAAGGCAUUCAAGCAGAAGCAGAAGGAGGUGCAGAAGAAACUCAAGGAGCUAAAAGCAAAGGCCAAGGGGAAAGGCCCCCUGACCACCAGUGGAAUUAAGAAAUCUGGCAAAAAGUAA